CGAAACUGCAAGAGCGGCAUUCGUUCCCAGUAGUAUGUCGAUUCCAUCGGGCUACACAUCCACUUCUGAGCCCGAAUGUUUAUCUAGACUAACAAGUGGAAUAUUAUUCAGUUGAUUUACCCACGAAGUUCGGGAGGUGUUUUAUUUGGUGUCCUGGACGUUGACCAAUCAGACAGCUGCAUGUGGAAGGUCUCAGCCAAUGAUGGAGGCCUGGCCAGCAGCCUGGGUCCUACUUUUAACGCUAAUCGCUGAUUGGCUGGAAGCGGCUCAAUCGCGGGACUUCACUGUGAAGGACAUCAUCCUGCUCCAUCCAUCAACCACUCCUCAUCCUGGAGGGUUCAAGUGCUUCACAUGUAAAGAUGCACCAGACAACUACGAAUGCAAUCGCUGGGCUCCGGACGUAUACUGCCCACGAGAGACCAGGUACUGCUACACCCUCCAUGUGUUGGACGUCCAGGGGAACACAGUGUCUGUGACCAAACGCUGUGUGGCCCUGGCCCACUGUCUGUCUACAGGCUGCACCCAGGACAACCAUGAAGGAUACAAGGUCUGCACUGCUUGCUGUGAAGGAAACAUCUGUAACAUGCAGUUGCCAAGAAACAAGACAGACGCCAUCUUUUCCACCACCUCUCUCCUCCACAGCAGUAACGGUCUACUCACACACUACUGGCUGCUCACUGGCUGUCUGAGCUCUACCGUAAUCAGCGUCAUGCUAUCCAACAGUCUAUGACAUCUAACCCUCCUACCGUCAUCAGCGUCAUGCUAUCCAACAGUCUAUGAUAUCUAACACUCCUACCGUCAUCAGCGUCAUGCUAUCCAACAGUCUAUGAUAUCUAACACUCCUACCGUCAUCAGCGUCAUGCUAUCCAACAGUCUAUGACAUCUAACACUCCUACCGUCAUCAGCGUCAUGCUAUCCAACAGUCUAUAGUAUC